AUCCUCCCCCCUCCAACUAAGGUGGUCAUCUUACAAUAAAGAUCCCUUGCACUUCCCAAUGGUCCUCUCUCAAAAACAUCAGGCAAGGUGAUUUUUUUCCUAAGGUAAACAAGCAGAAAGCUUUAACUCAUGCAGGUUGCCUUUAUACAUCAAAGAAAGAGCCAAACCCCAGUAAGAUUCUUUGUAGGACACCUUUAAUCCCAUCUGGCUAAAAAUACAUACAUUUAUAAACAGUUUCCUUGUCUGUUACAAAUGUCUUGGCUUAAAAUUGAAGUUUUAAGUUCAGUGGCACUACUUAGUGUUUUGCUUCUCGUGUUAUUGUUUUGACACUGGAAAUGGAUUUGUCAAGCUGUCAAUUUCACAUCACGAUUCUCACACUUUAACCCCUAAUGAUACUGUUAAAAUUGCAAACACUGCAGGGGAAACAUUGUUUAAAAACUCCCUCCCUUGGUGUUCAAAUAUAUAGGGAAACAUUUGUUUUACGUAUGGUAAAAGCUUACUUACAAAACCUAGAUAUGGGGCCAAAUUUGACCUGACAAUGUCCCAAUUACUAAACCCAUGGAGGUACAAAUAUCUUUACUGCAUGGUUUUAAAUCAGUAUGAGAAAGUUGACUUUAGUUCCUCUUCAGUAUUGAUAGAUAGGUAGUGGUGGACUCAGAGUGGAUAAUGUCAACAUCAAUAUACAAUACUAGAUCCAGUGAUUUUUAGCAUUUCAUUAGCAGGAAAAUGGUGCAACUAUGUCCUAAAUCUCAGAGCAAUACAAUCCCUGAUAGGGACAUGGCCAAAAGGAUCUUUACUUUUCAAACUUCCUGUGUGACUGUUAAAAGCUGUUCCUCUUGCAUUUGGUACCCUCCAACCUCCUGUAGUGCCAAUGGGGACUAGGAAGUACUCUUACAGCUCUGAUUAUGGUCUCUCGCCAUUAUAGCUUUGACCAAUACCUCAUUUCAAAUCUCUUGUAAGGAAGUGAAAUGUCAAGUAGUUUAAUUUCCCAAGUGAUCAAUCAUAGUUACCAAACAAUGCAUUAAAGUAAAGAGUAUAUUCUUAAACUGUCCAGGAUGCAUUAAGAUCCUCUUAGUUUCAUUGUUAUCUGGAAUGAAUACAUAAAGUUCAGUGCCACAUGUAGCUACAUAGUUACUUGAGGGGAAAAGUUACAUUUGCUGAGGAGCAGACACAGCAGAUGUAUUCUCUUCCCCAGCCCUUCCAUGCUUACACCAAACAUAUACUGAGAAAAUCUGUCAACUCUCUGCUAGUAAGGUAAGUUGUCAAAUUUUUCUUUAAAUUCAUUUUCAUGUUUAUAGGCUCGUUGCUCUUAGCUGAGUGAGGGCUGUGGUAUUUUGGAGGGGGGUUUAAACACAAUGAUAGUGAAACAGUUGAGGCUGCUGUGCCAAAUCUGAGAUGAGACAAGAUUUGUGCUGGAUUUUUAAAAAGGGAUCAGAAGCUUUUGGUGUUCCAAUUAAAAUAGGGUGGGGCACAAUCUUUACACAGCAGAUAAUGGAAUAAGGGAGGCUGAGCAACACAUGAAUACUAUAGUCUGAUUGUGGGGGUGGUAAGCUUGCUCCCAUUGUGUUUGUUCUCAUGUAGCAGAUUUCCUAAGCCACUUCCAAUGGGAGCCUCUACAGCCAGAAGAACCUCCACAUUGCUGCACUGAAGCUUAUGCCACUUUUUCCUGAAAUGAACUGAGCUGCUGCAGGAGAGCCUAGGAUUGCAGAUGAGAGCUGCAGGUCUCACCUGUGGCCACUGCUAAUUAAUAAUAAUCUCACUCACUGGGAGCUCUCCUCCCCCGUUUGCAGCACAAAUCUGUCUGUAUGAUAUGUCCACUGCAAAAAAGAUGUUUUCCUUUGUUUAACAGUGUGAUCAUACGUUAGCUAGCCUACAUUAAAAUCCUAGAGGAGACAAAGCACUACAGGAUAACCAUGUGACAUCAACAUUAUACCUCUAUCAGUGGUUGACCUCAUCGGAAAACUAAAGUGCUUUGCCUCCACUAGGGUUUUACAGCAGGCUAGCUAAUGCAUAUUAGUUUCGCUGCAGUAAAAACACCAUUUUUGGCAGUGAAGACAUUGCUUUAGCCUGGAAUUGUUGGGGCAGGUGCCAAGCACCGUGCCUCAGGAGGGUCUCCAGGCAGUCCUUGUGUCAGGACUAUACAAACAUUCAACAGUGAAUUAAGGAAUAUGAUCUUGCUUAUGGUACCUGCUAUACAGCAGGGAGGGAAUCCCUCUGUCUCUGGUUCCCCAUCUCUACCUGCUAAGAUGGACACACACAAGUUCAGAUGUGGCUCCUGUACUGGAAGCUGGUUUUGUACACUGAUGCCACCUACUGGCCUGCGUGGUGACUAACAAGCAAAACCGCAUGGCCGCCCUCAAGACUUCCCUUGCAGUUUUUGGGCAGCACUUUAAGGACUCAAAUUUCCUCCAAGCAGGAUACUUUUAGCAGAGAGCUUCAUUUCCCCACCCUCGGUCUUGGGUAAGGGGUGGGGCUGAAAUGCCUUGAAUAUGCUAAUUACUUUCUGAGGGGAGGGAUAAAGUCCAAAAGGCCCUGCACUUAGGGGGCUGCUUUUUUUUUUUUUGCGCUAGGUCUGCCUCCUUUGCUUCGUGGCUUCUUUUAGAAGAAUGAGCCCUGUGUUCCCUAGUGCAGAGAGGAAUUAAGGAACAGACUUAAACGAACUAACUCAGGAGGCUGUAGCUAGUCCCAACAACAAAUGAAGACAGAUUUUCCUUAAUCUUAUUUUUGCAGCAUCUUAUGCUAUGCAUCAUCCUGACGGUAAGAGAAAAGCUUUGGGUUACAAUCCUGCUAAUCCCCUUGCAGGUCUCAGCUGCACUAUGAGGCAAAACUCCUAGAGCAAACUCAGUAGCAGACAGAAACGUCACAGAUAAAUGGUGAAGGAAUAAAAUGGCAUAGAUGCAAUGGAGUUGGGAAGAGGUUCAGAGAGGCGCUGAGCAGGGUAUUGUCACAGACAGAUGGUGAAGCAGGCUCCCCUAGUUCUGGCACAGACUGAAUUAUGUAUAAAUACGCCAAAGGAAACAUACCUGAACAUGCAGGACUCGUCCUUACUUGCGGACAGCUGUAGUCUAGAAAUGAGUAAAAAGGUGGGAGUUAGAAGACCCGAGUUCCAUCUCCAGCUCUGUCACAGUGUGACCGUGCAAACCUAAGUGCCUCUUCCCCAAAGGUAUAACAAUGCCUAACCAGCUUUAAAAAGCAACUUGUGAUCGCUGACUAAAUGCAAAAUAUUGUCUCCCAUGUUAGCAGCAGCAGAGGCUGGUAAACAGGAGGAAGGAUAGAUGGAAGCAAGUGUCAGCUUGUUUUUAAAGAGAAAGGAAGGGGGCAGAGGCGGAGAAUCAGCCAACAGCAACGAAGGAGGAGGAACAGCAACCCAUACCACCCCCUGAUGGAGGAUGGGGAUGGAUGAUAGUGCUUCACUUCUUUCUGGUAAAUGUGCUUGUGAUGGGAAUGCUGAAAACCUUUGGAAUUUUCUUUGUGGUCUUUCAAGAAGAGGUGGGAGGCUCUUCAGAACAAAUCAGUUGGAUCGGCUCCAUCAUGUCCUCUCUCCGCUUCUCAGCAGGUCCACUGGUCACUAUAGCCUGUGGGAAGCUGGGGGACCAGCUGACUUCCAUCAUUGGGGCAGGCCUAGUUAGCAGUGGUUGUCUGAUCAGCACACAGGCCACUAGUAUCUCCUUCCUGUGUGUGUCUAUGGGACUUCUAUUGGGGCUGGGCUUUGCUUGCUUGUAUCAAGCAGCUGCUGUGAUGACUGCCAGGUACUUUAAAAAGCGACUGGCUCUAUCCAAUGCAAUUGCUCGCUCAGGAAUGGGACUGACAUUUAUACUAGCACCUUUCACUCAACUUCUGAUAGAUUUUUAUGGUUGGCAAGGUACCCUACUGAUCUUUGGAGGGAUCAUGUUAAACCUUGUGCCUUCUAGUAUGUUACUGCGACCUCUUAACAUCAAGAAUCUCCAAGCCUUUUCUGGUAGAAAUGUAGACAGUGGAUCAUUAACACAAAGUAAACAUCCAGCAACUCUUACAAGCCACCUAGAUGAAAUCAGUACCACAGAAAUACAGUUUAAUACUAGACUGGAUUCUCCUAUGCAAGAUUCCACUGUCACAAACAGGCUCCAGUCAGCUGGAACAUUAGGAUCACUAGUUCCAGUGAACGCUGCUGGUUUGGAAGGGUCUGAGAGAGAAACCUCCAACCGCUACGCUCCUGGUGGAGACAGUGACAGGGACUGCAGCUAUAACAACCUUCCACUGCAAAAGGAAUGGAAUUCCCACUCACGGCCAGUUCCCUGCAGGCAGCCUCUUCUUGAUUUCUCACUGCUGAAAGAUCCCUUCUUCUGUAUUUUUGCCUGGUCAUUUUUGUUCAGCCAACUGGCCUACUUCAUUCCCACCUUUCACCUGGCAGCAAGAGCCAAAACCUUGGGCAUAGACAGCAUGGAUGCCUCUUACCUCAUUUCAGUGGCUGGGAUUAUAGAGACAGUCAGCCAAUUGCUUUCUGGCUGGAUCGCUGAUCAGAACUGGAUCAAGAAGUAUCAUUACCAUAAGACUUACCUUAUUCUGUGUGGCAUCACUAACCUGCUGGGUCCUCUUGCCACAUCCUUCCCAUUACUUAUGGUCUACACAGUAAGCUUUGCCAUUUUCUGUGGAGGAUACCUGGCUCUGCUGCUCCCUGUGCUGGUAGAUUUUGUAGGUGUCCCCAGACUCCACAGUUCUUUAGGAUUUGCCUCAUUCUUUGCUGGGAUAGCAGCCAUCGCUGGACCUCCUAUAGCAGGUUGGCUGUAUGACUACACUCAGACAUAUGCCUGCUCCUUUUUCUUUGCUGGAACCUGUUAUCUCAUCGCACCCAUUUCCUUCUUCUUUGAGCCUUCGGCCCAUAAAUGGAAGCUACGGAAAGAAGAGGAGUUGAACAAAGUGACUACUUAGUGGAGAGGCUCUGCUGCAGUUGAAAGAAAAGAAGAAGCCUGACUUCAGUAUAUGAUCAGAAGGUGAUAAUUAGGACAGACUUUUCACUAAUUAAUAAAAGAUGGCAGAAAAAUGAAAACUGACAUUUGUCACAACAAAGACUCAAAUGAGCUUAUUGUCCAUAAAUGUUACUUCAUGAGCAAGUGGUGUUUAAGAUCAAGGUGAGCCCAGCGAGAUAUGCAUUUUGGCUAACAAGACCCUUUGUUCCUAAAAUAUCCUCAGUUGGACAUGAAGUCUAGUCAUCUCUUAAAACAACUUCACUGCUUCUGUUCUUCCCCCAGUGUAUAUGAUCUCAUAUGUUUAACAUGAUU